GGCUAGUCAGCCAGUAGUAGCAAGAAAGAAGGGGCUCUUCCAUCUUCCCGUCGCAUCUUCCCGUGCAGCCCGCUGCCCCGACCGCCGACGAGGACUCCACACGACCUUGAGGCUGUCGCGCCGCGCCGUAGAGCUUUGCCCUCCCCAUCCCAGCCCUCCUCGACGCCAAGCUAAUCACCACCAAUCAUUUCCAUUCGGGUUCCCCCCCCCGCAGUCAUCUGAUCGGCGCCGCUCCCAGAUCAGAUCCGCCCCGGCGGUCGUCGGAGCACCGCCAUGGCGCUCAGCCUCCGGAAGAAGCAGCUCGAUGUGAUCACGCGGAUGCUUCACCUUUACCAGCAGCAGUCGUCGCCCGACGGCGGGGGCGACGGGGAGGAGGAGGCGUACAAGAUCCUGGUGAUGGACGGGCCCUGCAUCUCGCUCCUCUCGCCGGUGCUCCGCGUCGGCGACCUCCGCAAGCACGGGGUCACCCUCCACCUCAACAUCGACAAGGCGCGGCAGCAGGUCGCCGACGCUCCCGCGGUCUACCUCGUCCGCCCCACGCCCGCGAACGCCGACCGCAUCGCCGCCGACGCUGCCGCUGGGCUCUACGCCUCGUUCCACGUCAACUUCUCCACAUCCGUCCCGCGGCCCGUCCUCGAGCGCCUCGCCUCCGCCACCGCCUCUUCCCGCUCGGCGCACCGCGUGGCGCGCGUUGCCGACCAGUACCUCGACUUCAUCUGCCUCGAGGACGGCCUCUUCUCCCUAGCCCAGCCGCGCGCCUAUGUGGCCCUAAACGACCCCGCUGCUGCCGACGCAGACAUCAAUGCGCUCGUCGACGCCGUUGCGCUUGGCCUCUUCUGUGUCGUGGCUACGCUCGGCUCUGUGCCCAUCAUCAGGUGCGCAAGCGGUGGCCCGGCCGAGAUGGUCGCGGCCGCCCUGGAUGCUCGCCUUCGGGAUCACCUCCUUGCCAAGCCAAACCUCUUCACAGAGGCUGCGUCCAGCGCUGCCUCAUCGUUCCAGCGUCCGGUCCUAUGCCUGUUUGACAGAAAUUUUGAAUUGUCAGUAGGGAUACAACACGAUUGGAGCUACCGGCCUCUGGUCCAUGAUGUUCUCAGCUUGAAGCUGAACAAGUUGAAGUUGCCAUCGGAGAAGUACGAUUUGGACGACUCCGACCCAUUUUGGGUGGCCAACAGCUGGUCUCCAUUCCCCAAAGUGGCCGAGGAAAUAGAGGCACAGCUCGCCAAGUACAAGCAGGAUGUAGAUGAGGUGAACCAGCGCACGGGUGGUGGAAGGGAUGGUGUUGAGUUUGAUGGCACUGAUCUUAUUGGGAACACCAAGCACCUCAUGAAUGCGGUGAACUCGCUGCCUGAGCUGACAGAACGGAAGAAGAUGAUUGAUAAGCACACAAAUAUUGCAACCGCGUUACUUGGGCAUAUCAAGGAGAGAUCUCUGGAUGGAUAUUAUGAGUGCGAGAAUGAUAUGCUUGUGAAUGGUACCGUGGAUCGGAACAUGCUGCUGAGCCUCCUCAGAGGGAAGGGCACCAAGGAGGAUAAGCUCCGUUUGGCUGUGACCUAUCUGCUGUCCUUUGAGGCGCCACCACCAUCUGAACUCGAGCAGGUCGAGGCUGCGCUGCGGGAGUCAGAAGUGGACAUGUCUGCAUUCCUGUAUGUGAAGAGGAUAAAGUCGUUGAACACACAGUUUGCUGCUGCAUCAAGCACCGCAAGCAGGAGCAACAUUGUUGAUUGGGCGGAGAAGCUUUACGGGCAGUCCAUUAGUGCUGUGACGGCAGGUGUGAAGAAUCUCUUGUCAGAUGGGAGGCAGCUCGCUCUGGCAAGGACAGUUGAAGCCCUGAUGGAAGGUAAACCAAACCCAGAGGUUGACAACUACCUAUUGUUUGAUCCACGGGCCCCUAGAUCUGGAACUGGUGGGCAGUUUAGAGGACCCUUCAGAGAAGCAAUUGUUUUCAUGAUUGGUGGUGGAAAUUACAUCGAGUACAGGAGCUUGAUCGAGCUAGGGCAACAGUCACAGCCUUCCAAGCAUGUCAUUUAUGGAGCAACAGAGAUUCUUAAUGGGGUGGAGUUUAUUCAGCAACUUGCGGAAUUGGGGCAGAAAGCAGGGUUGGGUGGUGGCAGCAGCAACAUACCUCUGCAGUAAAAAUGCUCUUAUCAGACGUUUUUAUGUUGAGCAGUGAUUCAAGCUUCAUAGAUUACAGUAAAUAGUCUCUUGCCAGACACUUUGAUGUGAGUGAUCCAGGCUGCAUAGCCUAAUGGUAUCAAAUUUCUUAAACUCAAGUUUAUGGCACUGCUUGGAAUGAGUCACCAAUACAAAGCUUGCUUGCGAUUCCAACUCUUCCCGAAGUCUGAUAUGUUCAAGUGUCCAUGUAUGCUCAUUUUCUUUUUGUUUCUUUUGCCCCUUUUGAGGAAUGCUAGUGGAAUCUUGUUUGAAAUUGAAUACAACAAAAAAUCAGUCCAGUGAAUCUUCUGUCACUAGUUCUGAUUUUGGAUAUAUUGAUUUUGUUUAGAGUUUGUGAUGAAUAUUUUUCAAAGGGGACCCCCUUUUCAAACGGUUAUUGUAACAUGUCUCAUCUUGACCAAAGCUUUGAGAAGAAUAUAUUUAUUUCUGUUGCAGUUUA